AUGUACGGGCCGAGGGGGGCAAUGUUGGGAAGCGGGGGGGUUUCGGACGGGUACGAGGUUGGCUCAAAGAGACAAAGAAUGAUGGAAUCCAAUCCAUACUUCGCAGUGAGCAGUGGAGCAGGCAGCUUUCAACCUUAUGGAUAUGCUGGUGGCUUUCAGCCUCUUCCUCCUUUUCCUGUGGUUCGUCUCAGGGGGCUUCCGUUUAACUGCACAGACAUUGACAUUUUGAAGUUCUUUGCUGGACUGACUAUAGUCGAUGUGUUGCUGGUCAACAAGAAUGGACGAUUCUCUGGGGAGGCCUUCGUAGUCUUUGCAGGAGCAAUGCAGGUUGAGUUUGCUUUACAGAGGGAUCGACAGAACAUGGGUCGCAGAUAUGUGGAAGUUUUCAGGUGUAAGAAGCAAGAUUAUUACAAUGCUGUUGCUGGUGAGAUCAGUUACGAAGGAAUAUACGACAAUGAUUAUCAAGGAAGCCCUCCUCCUUCCAGGGUCAAGAGGUUCAGUGAUAAAGAUCAAAUGGAAUACACUGAGAUAUUAAAGAUGCGUGGACUUCCAUUCAAUGUGACUAAAUCUCAAAUUAUUGAGUUUUUUAAAGAUUACAAACUGAUAGAAGAUAGGGUGCACAUUGCAUGUCGCCCAGAUGGUAAAGCUACUGGAGAGGCAUAUGUAGAGUUUGUUUCGCCAGACGAGGCUAAGAAAGCAAUGUUCAAGGAUAAAAUGACCAUUGGAUCUAGGUAUGUGGAACUGUUUCCUUCUACACCAGAUGAAGCUAGACGGGCAGAGUCAAGAUCAAGGCAGUAA